AUGGACACUCCCCCGACGCCCGUCUCCAACUCCUCGGGCUCCAUUAGCCCCGAGCCCGCUCUGGAUGACCCUGGCUCACAGCAGCAGAAGAAGAAGAAAAAGAAGAAGAGCAAGAAGCCGAAGACGAAGGAGACAGAUACUGCUCCCACCGCUAACGCAACAGCGAAAGCCAGAGCAGCGGACGAGGAGCGUCCGCCCGUGCUCUGCAUCAGCAGGAACAAGCAUUGGCGUUAUAUCAGUUCAUACCACGGACCGUGGCUGCAAUUACCACUCGAGCUACUCGACGGAGAAUCGCCUGCCGCCCCUCCCUCGCCCACGUCCCUCUUCCCCAACCCCCGGCCGCGCGAUCGCGGCUUCGCCAGCCUGGGCGACCACUCGCCCCCCGACUCCCCGCAGAGCACCUUCGCGUCUCUGCCCCCGCCCCCGCCCUUCCCCCCGCCCAAGCCAGGCAAGGCCACUCCGCCGCCUAUCGACCCGGGUGUCUUCCGCUCCGUGGCGAACAUACGUCGCCUCAUCGACGAGGCGUCCGAACUAUCCGUGCGCGCGAGCUCCGGGCUGUCUGCCGCCGCGCUCGGCUCGCUCAGGGGCGGCGCGAACAACAGCCCGUGGGCGAGCGCGCACGGACUCGGGAUCAAUCCCCUCGGCGAUAGCGGGGGCGGGCGCAAUGUCGCCAUGUCGGCUAUGCGCAUCCACAGAUUGAGGGCGCUCGCCGUGCAGAAGCUCGCAGCGGCGUACAGGACUGAUGAGAUAGCCUCCAGCGUGAUGGUCAUGCAGGGCGGCAGCGUAUUUGACGACAUCGCAGAGCGCGUUCUCAGAGUCGAUCCCUACGAUGUUGAUGCGCGAUACGUGCACUUUUUCACGAAAAGAUACCCUCCGGUCACCGAGUCAACGACAACACACUUAUUCUUCAGGACGCGCGGCAUCGACUUCACUCAUGUCAUCAAGGAAGCGCGCGCCAGUCGCAAGGCGAAGAUGGCACAUCGCAACAACCUGCCGAGCGAGAAGCUGCGCGGUAAGGGGCACAAGAAGAAAGGCAAAGCGGCGGGACGAAGACAACGGACAAGCCCACCCAAUGGACGAGUGCCAGCGCAGGGUUUGGGGAUCUCCACUAUCGAGGGCCCGACGGGAGCCACUGCUCCUGCACCCGUCUCCAUUGAACCCCAAUGUCUGUUCCUACGAGCUUCAGCCUAUCUCCAACAUGCAGUUUUCCUCAUCGAAGAGGCGAUUCUCAAACUCGAGAAUAUACGCAAGGCACCCACCGUCGACGGCGCGGAGCUGCGCCUGUGCUACGUAGAGAAUGGGCGUUACGGCGGGGUCGAGAUCGGGCACCCCGACGGGCCGCUCGGCAAGCGGGAUGGUGCGAAGGCGGCCGCGUACAGGGCGGUGCUCGCGGAGGAGUGCUUUCGCGAGCAGAUCACGACGCUCGUCCGGAAGAGCAUGCGCGACCACGAGAAGUUUCUCUCGCACUUCGACUCGCUCGAGGGCGUGCCGGGCCACGCGAUGGGCGGCGACCUCGCCGCGCGCAUCGAGUACGCGUUCCGCAUCACCGAGUCGCUCCGCCCCGGCAACCACGCACCCCCGCCGCCCGUGUCCGAGGCACCCUCGACGUUCACGACGUACCACCCGCUCCUCGUCGAGUCCCACUUCAGCAUCCUCAUCGGCUAUCUGUUCCUCGGCGACUUCCCUGCGCUCCUCCCCGCGUUCACGCGCACCGCCGCGGUCGUCGACGGGCUCGAGGGCUACCCCGUCUUCCUCCCGCCGCGCUCCAUGGCACAGGCAGAAUACGUCGAGGUGCUCGAGCGCCUCGGGGGCGGCUGGCGGAACGGCGUCCAGUCGCACUCGCUCAGCCGCGCGAACCAGAAGCAGCUCGCGAUCGAGUGCGCGCCGUCCGCGAAGGCGAAGACGGUCGAGCGCGUGCCGACGCCGCCCUCGCCCGAUGCCUCCUCGUCUGAGCGGCUCGCGUCGUCGACGUCGACGCUCGCGCUCGGCGUGAACGGAUCGAGCUCGAGCUCGGCGGUGCACAUGCCGCCGUCGCCGUCGCCCUCGGGCAGGAACACGCCGUCGGGCGGCGCGGAGCGGGUGGAUCUGCUCGAGGUGCUGGACGCAGCGAGGAUCCUGCUCUCGCCGGUGGUGAAGCGCCAGCGGGAGAGGGCGGAGAAGGCUGCUGCAGACAAGGCGGCGGGUGGGAAGGGCAAGAAUAAACCGCUGAAUAUCAACAUCCCGUUGCAUGGGCCGAGAGUGGAGAUCGUGCUUGCGUGGCUAGGAGCUGUGCAUCUGCCUGAAUUGGAUGCAGUUGCUUGAGGUCCGUUACUUGAGGGCCCGAUGCUUGCUGACUAUGAUAUAUGAACAGUGGUACGGGCCGCCAUUGGUGUCAGAUAUGACGUGAC